GUGAUUAAAGAAGAACAAUCGUGACAAUGCUGGGAGAAGAUGGUUAUGAAGAUGACACAGAAGAUGAGGAGGAAGAAAACUGGCUGGACACAUCAUGGGGUUGUACAGAAGAUGGGAACAUGCCAAUUACAAAAAAUCAGCCAUAUUCCAAGGUUAAAGAUGUAUGCAUGGGUCCACCUAACCCUAGCAGUACACUGAACAGCACCAAUGAAAAGUUACCAGCUGGGAUAAACGGUACCAUGAGUACUGUGGAAAAGGAUGGAGGCCUGAUGAGCAGAAUGCUUCUCAAUGACAACAAGGCAGGGAUGGAAGGUCUGGAUAAGGAAAAAAUAAACCAGGUUAUACUAGAGGCGUCGAAAGGGUCAAAGUAUUUUGAGAAUGAAAAGAAGAAGGAAGAACAAGUGAAUAAAAAGAUAGAAGAACAGAUGGUAAAACUGAGAAAGAUUGGUGAUGUCCAACUCCAUCAAGGAUUGACUGAGGCCGAUAAACUCAUAGAUGAUCUAGAGGGUCAGCGAGACUUGAGUCGGAUUAUUGUACAUGUAGACAUGGAUGCUUUCUAUGCAGCUGUUGAGAUGAGAGACGACCCUAGUCUGAAGAACAAACCUAUGGCAGUUGGAGGAUACUCUAUGUUGUCAACAUCCAACUACCUGGCCCGUAAGUUUGGGGUACGGGCAGCCAUGCCUGGUUUUAUUGGAAAGAAGCUGUGUCCGGACCUUAUCAUGGUCAAGCCAAACUUUGAAAAGUACACAGCAGUCAGUAGAGAGAUCCGAUCUGUCUUGGCCGAUUAUGAUCCCAAUUACUGUCCAAUGAGUUUAGACGAAGCCUACCUUGAUAUCACUGAUCACCUGGACAAACGGAUUUAUUCAUCAGAGGCUGACCGCACAUUUCUCGUGCGUAGGUCUGACAUAUCUGCUAAGGAUAGUAACUGUAAGUGUGAUGUCAAUAUGGUGGCAAGGGAUGCAGUGUUAACAUCUAGAAUCGAAAACACUAGAUCAGUGUCCAAAACAGAGAAUAAUUCAGGAGAUGACCAGGGUGCACUAAGUGAAGGACCAUGUCCAAUAUGUGGAAAGUCCUUUCCCCCUUAUGAUGUCGUAACUUUUGGCUUCUCAGCAGACGAUUCUGUCAAAGAAAUGAGGUCAAGGAUUGAACAGAAAACCCAGCUUACAGCUAGUGCAGGUAUUGCUCCAAAUAUGAUGCUCGCAAAAGUCUGUUCUGACAAGAACAAGCCCAAUGGUCAGUACAGAAUUGCAGCCACUAUGGAUGCAGUGAUGGGUUUUAUCACAGAUUUGCCCAUUCGCAAGAUCAGUGGUAUCGGCAAGGUGAGUGAGAAGAUGCUAAAUGCAUUGAAUAUCUCCACUUGCUCUGACCUGUACAACCAGAGGGCGCUACUGUAUCACCUAUACUCACCCAUCUCCUUCAACUACUUCAUGAGGAUUUGUGUGGGCAUCGGCUCGGUGAAUGUGGAAAGAGACAGUGACAGGAAGAGUAUGAGCACUGAAAGAACUUUCAGUGAAAUCAGUAAGCCUGAAGAGUUAGUGAAGAAAUGUCAGGAGCUUUGUGUAUCUCUGUGUGAGGAUCUCAGGGAGGAAAAACUCAAGGGUAAGACGGUGGCUAUAAAAUUGAAGACCGUUAAGUAUGAGGUAAAAACUCGAGCCCACACCCUUCCAGAUUACACGUUUGACUUAGAUGUAGUGUUCUCUGCAGCCCAGGGACUGUUACAGACUGAAAUUCAAAGUGUGGCACCCCAACCCCUUCGACUCCGGCUCAUGGGUGUUAGGAUAUCUUCCCUUCUGAAUGAGAAUUUGUGUCGAAAGAAGCAACAAAACACAUUGACACGAUUUGUCAGACAAGUAGGGCGUUCUGGCCCAGAGAAUUCCGGAUCUCUUAACACUUGUGGCUGUGACCCUAAGGAAUUGAAAGAUACAGAAAAGGAAGAGGUCUUGAAUGACAAUGUACCAUGUUUAAUGAAAGUUUCUAAUACUUCCACCUUUGACGCCAUGCAGUGGGUUGAUAAUGACAGUAACAGUUCAAAUAAACCAAUUAAUCCGGAAUAUAAUGUAUCUGCAGCAGAUGAAAUUCAAACUUUUGAUUCUCCUAAAUUUAAGCUUACCGAUGAACUUGAAUUUCAGACCAUGGCAGAUUCAGGCCCUGUGGAAACACUAAAUCAGGCAGAUCUAGACCCAAAAAUCCUAAUUUUACCAACUGUUUCGAUAAAUUCCAGUGAUUUUGUAAAAUCCAGUAAGAUGCUAGAUAAAUAUGCCACAAAGUCGGAGACUUGUUCGGGUGCAGAGUCAUCUGAUUUGGAAAGCAUAGAAGACAUUCCAGACAGAAUAGAAAAGGUCACUGAUAAAGACAUACAUAGUGAUUUUAGAAAAAGUGCUAAUGCCGCUUUGUUAUUGGACCCAGACCAUUGUGUUAGUAAAAGUCUAGCUAAAGAGCAAAAGCUACAGGAAUCUGUAAAGGGAGAUAGUACCAAACCUUACAUCUGCCCAGUAUGUCAAGAUGAGGUAGUGUGUGGUAAUUUAUCAGAGUUCAAUCAACACAUUGACAUUUGUCUGAACAAGAAGAUAGUCAUGGACUGUUCUAGGUAUCGUCCUGAAGAAGAUAUGAAAACAAAGCUGUCAAAAACACCAAAUGCAGUGAAAAGAAAGCCAACAGCCAGGAGACUAUCUGGAUCUCCAUCAACUCCAAAAGAUAAAAGGAAAUCAAAAAUGUCUUCUCUACAUCCAACCAGCUCAUUUUCAAGUCCUAAAGUAGGCCUAACUUGUGACGAUGGAAAGACUGCUGCAGAAAGUAGAAUCCAUGACAUAAUUGUUAAGUCUGUUACUGAAUUUGAUGUUGUAUCCAUGGUAACAAAUGCCAGUGACAAGGAAGAGAAAUCAGGCAUCUCUUCAUCACAGACUGGUGUGUUCGAGGGGUCAAAGGAUGCUCAAAAAAUGGUGUGUCCAGUGUGUUUCAUGGAGCAGACUGGAAUGAGUCUGGACGAGUUUAAUACUCAUGUAGACACAUGUUUAUCCAAGGGUACUAUUACACAGAUAUUACAGGAGCAACGUGACAACACAAAAAGAUCAUCUAGUGGACCUGGGCCUUCUCCACAGGCUGUCAAAAGGAAGAGGGUUGACAGUGGAUCAUCUGUGAUAAAAACAAAAUGUAUAGACUCAUUUUUCAAAAAGUAGAGAUGGUAUUACGGAGGUAGUAAAAUCUAACUUGGACUUAGGUGUAUAGUGUAUAGAUGUAUCAACAGAGUAUCUAAGGAGAUGUUUUCUAUUGAA